GCAUGCAGGCAGGAUUUAUGCAUGAGUUUAUUUUAUUGGUUAUAACAUGUUGUAAACUAAAUUAAAAUAUAUUGUAAACAUGCCGAAAAAAGCAUUAUUUGAUGAAGACUCCGAAGAGGAAGUUACACUUAAGACCCAAAAUGAAUACGCUAAGAAAUAUGACUCAUGGCGUCAAAAAGAGGAACUUCACAAAUUGGAGCAGAAGUAUGGCCCCAAGGCGUUGAAUUCUGACGCCUCACUGUCUUCGGACAGCGAGGACGACAGCGACGAACCGCCUGAAGUGUCUGAAGAAACGGAAACGCAAUUCCUGAAAACGCUAGCGUUACUAAAAACAAAGGACCCACGGAUCUAUAAUCCUGACUUCAAAUUUUUCGAUAAUGAAAAGAAAGAGGAAGAAAAGAAGCCAGAAGUGAAAUCUUUAAGUUUUGCCGACAGCGACGACGAUGACGACGAUGAUGGAAAUAUAUUCAAAGUGGAGAAGGUGGCUGAAGUCAAAUCAACAGAGAAACCUACUAAACCGGAGAUUAAGACAGAAAAAAUAAAAGAUUUCCUCACAGGUAAGGCUGAGCAUAUCAAUAAUCCGGUAGAAAGAGAUCUAGCUCCUCUAAAGGCCUUGUGGUCUGACCCAAAGCUGAAUGAGGGGGAAGCAUUCCUUAGAGACUACAUCCUGAAUAAGAAGUACCUACAAGAUGGGGAUGCCGGCGAGGCGGGAGACAAGAUUCGUGACGACGCAGACCUGGAAGCUGAUGAGGCCAUUGUGGAGGAACAGGGCAAGUUUGAAAGAGCAUACAAUUUCCGCUUCGAAGAACCAGAUGAAGAAUACUUGAAGAGAUUUCCUCGUACCAUGAACUACAUCAGGCCCAAAGAUGACCGCCGAGCCAGGAAGAGGGCUGAAGUCAGAGAGAGGAAGGAAGAGGAAAAAAAGAAGAAAAUGGACGAAAUUGCAAGAAUGAAAGCUCUCAAGCUGAAAGAGAUUCAAGAAAAAAUUGCCAAAAUUAAAGAGGUAACUGGGAACCAGGAUUUAGCUUUUCGAGAAGAAGAUAUGGAGAGUGACUUUGAUCAGAAUGAACAUGACAAAAGAAUGAAGGAGAUCUUUGAUGAGGAAUAUUAUGGUGAAGUGGACAAUGAGAAGCCUGUGUUCCCAGACCUGGAUGAAGAAUUAGAGAUAGAAAAUUGGGAAAAAUAUGGAGAAGAAUUAACAGCAGAAAAUGAGCCACAUUUUGAAGAUGACGAAUUUAACAUGGAUGCAGAUUACAACCCAAAGCAAGCUCGUUUAAACCUAUUAGAAGAACUACAGCAAAACAUGACCAAGAGACGGAGGAACCGUAAGAAGAAAUCCAAGUUGGCAGAGUUGUUGACAACUGAAAAGCCAAAGUUUGUGCCGACUGUGGCAGACAAGACUUAUUCCCAAUACAUGGAGGAGUACUACAAGAUGGACUGCGAGGAUGUCAUUGGGGGAGAUUUGCCCACUAGGUUCAAGUACAGAGAGGUGGUGCCUAAUGACUAUGGGCUGACUAUUGAAGAGAUCUUGCUAGCAGAUGAUAAGGAGCUGACUCAGUGGGUGCCGCUGAAGAAGAUAGUGAAGCACCAACCGGUGACCGUGGAGAAGGGAGAGGUCAAGGUGUACCGGCAGAAGGCAGCUGACGAGCGCCUUAAGAAGAAAGUCCUGCCAAGCUUGUUCAAGGACCUGCCCGAGGAACCAGAAAUAGUUGUUCCUCUUGAAGCAGCUAAGAAAAAGAAGAAGAAGAAGAAGAAAAAGAACAAAAAUAAAGAAGGAAAUAAUACAAAUAAUGACAGUCAAGAAGAAAUAGAACACAAUGAUCUUAUUACUAGUGAUCCUGGCACUUUACCGACUGAAAGCAGCAGAAAGAAGAAAAAACAGAAACAUGUGGAGGGAAAUGUACCAACGGAAAAUAAUUCGAGUGACAUAGCAAAUGAUAAUGUAGUUUUCAAAAAGAAGAAUAAGAAAAAUAAAAGCAAUUUAAUCAAUGGAGUACAAGGCAGUGAACGUAAUCAGGAUGAACCUAAUAUUAGUAAUGUAACUGAACAAAGUGAGAAUACCUCUGAGAAAAAGAAGAAGAAACAUAGAACAGAGCAAAAUAAUUCUCAAAACAAUGUUGCUAGUGUUUCAGGUACAUCAGAAUGCAAGCAAAACAACCAGAAACUUGACAGUACUAUAGACAGGAACAAUGCAAGUGAAAAUUAUUCUGGGAAUACUAAAAAGAAAAAUAAGAACAAACCAGAUGCAGAACAGAACAAACAGAAGCAUAACUUAAAACGGAAAUUAGAAGAUACUGCAAGUAGUAAUCCAGUACCAAAGAAAAAGAAGAAAAAGAAAAAUAAUUCAGCAGCCAAUGUAAACAAUUUGGAGACAAAUCAGAACAAGAAAGGCUUGAAUGUAUCCAAGAAGAAUAAGCAAAAGCAAUCCAAAGCAUCAGAUAAUCCUUACAGCAAUUUAUCUGAUGAGCGGCUAAAAGCGUAUGGCUUGAACCCUAAGAAAUAUAAAGGAUUUAUGAAAUAUAAAAAGUAUUAAGACUUUGUGCGACUUGGUAUGUUUUGAGUCCAUCAACGUGCUCACUAUAAUAGCGCCGCUGCUAAAUAAUUAUGAUUAACUGAUUAUUUAAACUUAACGAUAGAUAUUUAAAAAAGGGGGCUGCUACGUACUGUAUUUUGUAUUUAAGGUCGUUCCAUCGGUUUGCCGCUGUCACUGUCACAUUUCGCAAGAAAGAACGGGAUAGAUCAUGCGCGCCAAGUGUCAAUUUUGAUCGAUUUGUCGAUUUUUAUUUAUUUUAAAAACGUUACCUUACAAUAUCGAAAUUCGAAAGCCAUGAAAUUACUAUUUAAGUUAAGAUUGUUUUUUCUUCUUUUUUUGUUUAUAGUAUCACAUAAUAAAUAACCGAGUAAAGUUGGAUUAAAAGUCCGAGUUAGAGGUUACUUUGGGAAUUAAUUGUAUCGAGCGAAGUGUCAUAAUUCGUGUAUCGGAAGCUAUGAUAUUAAAGAUAAUAUUGUCAAGAACUACAUAUAUUUUUUCCAUGUCUACGAAUAUCAACGCCUCUCAGAAAAACAUGAUCAUAUAAGGAGAUUUUGAAUACAUCAAACUAGUUUUUACGUUGCUGGAUUAGUCGAUCAAUGAACUCAAAACAAAAACGGUUGUUUUAACUUUGGACGCAUAGAUUGACGAAUCCAGCAACGUAAAAACUAUUACAAUGUAUUCAAAAGGUACUUAAAUACAAAAUACAGUACGUAGCGGGCGGCCCCCCUUUUUAAAUAUCUAUCGUUAAAAUUAAAUAAUCACAAUUAUUUAGCAGUGGCGCUAGUGAGCACGUUG